CGAAAGAAAAAGUCCCCCUAGACCAACAAAUGUUAUCUUUGGUGCCAUUAUACACCCGACAGUUGAAUAAAAUUGCGGCUAACAAAAAGACCCGCAAACUAGGUGCUGGUGCCUACCACAAGGCUGAAAAAAGUUUAGUCAAGAAAGUUAAUCAAUUAAAAUCCAUGGCUAUCAAUACUGCUUUCAUGGGCAAAAAUUCAACCGGUCAACAAGCAGUGGAGAUGGUGAAAAAAGUAAUAGACCUUUUCAAAAAUCUCAGCGCUGACGAAAUUUAUGUUGCCAAAGAGAAAGCAAAAAGUCUAAUUGCUGAAUAUUUGAACAAUUAUGCUCCGGUCGAAUUUCACCAAUAUCCACAAUUGAAAGAGUUAUCCAGUUCAGUCAUUAAUUUCCUAGACACUUUACUUGAUGAGGAAUUGUUGGCUGAGGCGGUAAAAUUAACGGCUGAAGUCUGCGAAAUUGUAGUGGAAAAGUUUGAUUGGAAAAAGUUGGCUAGUUUCGAUAAAUUGCCACCAGCAGAGGCAUACAAAAAGGGAUACGAAUAUGGAGAAAGUGUAAUGAAGGAGACCUUUCUUCAAGCGUCUCUAAAAGCCAAUCUAGAAAAUAAGGUUCGCAGUUUGCUGAUUAAUUUAACCAAUCAUAUUAACCGUUUAGCCAAUGAGGAAGUUAAUAACAACAAUGUUUCAACGAGCGAGGAACAGUCAAUUACUCAAAGAUUUUCCACUCCUCGGCAAUUGCACGACUCAAACAACAACCCGACUGAAAAUACCGGCACCGGGCUAUCGUUUAUAUCUCCG